AUGGGUGUUUGGAGACUGCGUGUUUACAUUGGAAAAGAGAUCAUUCUUUCGGCGCGCGUUGGACGAAAUAAAGAUAAGUAUUUACUGGAAAAAGGUGAUAUCCUAGAAGCACUCAAAGUCACUAGGACGAAAAUUCUAUCCAAGCGAAAGUGCGACAACAGCAGUGACAGUGACGCUGACCUGCCUUCUCCCAAGCGAAGGAGGGACAGUGAGAGCGACUGUGACGCUGAGGUGUCUCCGAGUGACUGUGACAGUGACGCUGACCUGCCUUCUCCCAAGCGAAGGAGGGACAGUGACAGUGACAGUGACGCUGACCUGCCUUCUCCCAAGCGAAGGAGGGACAGUGAGAACGACUGUGACGCUGAGGUGUCUCCAAGUGACAUCGACUAUGACGCUGACCUGCCUUCUCCCAAGCGAAGGAGGGACAGUGACAGUGACAGUGACGCUGACCUGCCUUCUCCCAAGCGAAGGAGGGACAGUGAGAGCGACUGUGACGCUGAGGUGUCUCCAAGUGACAUCGACGCUGAACUCUCCCCCAGCGACAUCGAGGCUGAGCUCUCCCCCAGCGACAUCGACGCUGAGCUCUCCCCCAGCGACAUCGACGCUGAGCUCUCCCCCAGCGACAUCGACGCUGAGCUUUCUCUCAGUGACACUGACAGUGACUCUGAGCUUUCUCUCAGUGACACUGACAGUGACUCUGAGCUUUCUCCCAGUGACACUGACAGUGACGCUGACCUUAUUCCCAGUUACAUUGAUUCUUAA